ACCGUCGCAAUAGUGUAGAAGUUCUCAAUACGUCUUCGUUGUUCGAAUUUUUAUUUCGUCACGUGGUCCAACCGAGCGGAUAGUUAUACAUCAUGGAGUCUAUGAGGAUAGUAUUCACGAUGCAUACAAUCUAAUAUCAAAUUACAUUUAAGUGAUUGGCGCAACAAUGUUUUGGAUCACUGUUAUUUUACUGUUUACUUCGAUUGGUUGUUAUGGAUAUCAACCAAAGUUCACGGAACCUAUCGGUAACAUUACCGUGCCCGUCGGCCGAGAAGCAAUGUUCACGUGUUACGUCCACAGCCUAGGUGGUUAUAGGGUCGGUUGGGUGAAAGCUGAUACAAAAGCAAUUCAAGCUAUACAUGAUCAUGUCAUUACGCACAAUUCCCGUGUGUCUGUAUCACAUAUCGACGAUUCUACGUGGAAUUUACAUAUAAAAAAUGUUCAAGAAGAAGACCGUGGUCAGUAUAUGUGUCAGAUCAACACUGAUCCAAUGAUAAGCCAGAUGGGCUAUUUGGACGUGGUAAUACCACCGGAUAUUAUUUAUGAAGACACCUCGGGAGACGUAAUGGUGCCCGAAGGAGGAACUGUGAAAUUAACAUGCAGAGCCAAAGGCUACCCGAAACCGCAUGUUUUAUGGAGACGAGAAGACGGUAGAGAAAUAGUAAUCAAAGACGCCUCUAGCACCAAAACAAAAGUGACCACGUACCAGGGCGAAGUGCUGCGAUUGACCAAAGUCAGCAGGUCCGAGAUGGGAGCUUACUUGUGCAUCGGAUCCAACGGGGUUCCGCCGUCCGUCAGCAAACGAAUCACGGUCAGCGUUCACUUUCAUCCAGUGAUCUCGUCACCCAGCCAGUUGGUCGGUGCUCCGAAAGGCACUGAAGUCACAUUAGAAUGCAACGUCGAAGCGUUUCCGAAGUCUAUAAAUUACUGGGUCCGAGAGAGCGGCGAUAUGGUCAUAACAAGUGACAAAUACCAAACGACUAGUACCCAGAAGUCUAUAUUCGAGGAUCAAAUGGUAUUAACCAUCAAAUCGGUGGAGAGACACGACUUGGGAUCGUACAGGUGCAUAGCGAAGAACUCGCUUGGUGAGGUGGAAAGCAACAUUAGAUUGUACGAGAUACGGGGCCUGGACGAUGCCGCGGACGCGGAGAACGGUGACCUGUCGGACCUUUACCAGGAGGAACUGUACACCGAGACUCACCAUCACCACGCCGGCGGGAACGGAAUUGGUGACAACCGGAACCGGACCAAGCACCGACAUCACUUGGACGCGUCGCAACAACCGCCCGCCAGUCCCAGCGCAUCCAUCCGCCUGGUGCCGCCGUUGUACCGCACGUUCAAGUAUCUCUGACACGUGGCGGCCGUCUGGUAAACACGCUCUCCAAGCUGUUCGGUGCUUACCAGGCGAAUAUCACUCGCUCGACGAGCACGUCACUCGCCGGUCUCGGUACGCCCUGCGCGCGUUUCAUCGUUAUUAUAUCACGUCGACGAUCGGUUAUAUUAUUAUUAUUAUUACUGUUUAAUGUUAUUAGUACAAUAUUAUUAUCUCGUAACCGGGGCAUGAUCGGGUCGUAGAAGAAAAAACUGAUCGUUCUGUCACCACGGCCGUUCAUAGUAAUAAUCGUUCCGUAACGACGCCCACGAGUGUAUAUAUUAUCUUGGAGACUGCGAGUAAAUAAAGCAGCAUAUAACAAUAAUCUAGCGUGAAUAAUAGUAAUAGUAACAAUAACAGUAGUAAUAAUAAUAACAACAAUAAUAAGAAUAAUAACUGUUACUGAAACGUAGUCCGGAUGUGGCGAUGUCGUCUCAUACACCCUCUAUCUGCUGCAGUUCUACCGGUCACAGCUAUCCCGACCCACCACCAACGUCCUUUGCAACCCUCUAGAUCGGUGUUUAUUCGUCCGACAGAGAUGGUGGCGGUGGCGGGCAGUGAAAUUACGUGGGCUUAAAGACGUUUUAUCGUUUUGUAAGUUUUAUCAAUUCUCCGGAAACGCCCCAAACGUUAAUCCACUCAGGUACUGUAAAACGCACAUCUCGACCAGACGAUGUUGCCCGCAACUCUCACUUCCUCCCUUCCACCUGAUGACCGUUAUUGCGGCGAUAAUAGUAAUGCAAUUUAGCCGCGCCUACUUCGAGAGUCGUAAUGAAAUUAUCCCGACAGUCUCGUCCACGGGACAGACAACAUACCCUCUUCCCGUUACACGCGCAUGUCGUAGGUAUAUACGAUAAAAUGUGUACGUUACACGUUGAAAACGUCGUUGCGAAUAUAUUAUACAUGUCGCACAUACUGUGUACGAUAAUAUUAUUAUUAUUAUUACUGUAACAAUACUAUACGAUUAUAAUACGUUAUUAUUACUAUUACUAUUUUUCUUAUUAUUUUUAUGUGUACGUCGGUGUCAUGCGUGCGAUUAUGUUGUUUUGCGUUGGUACGACUUUGAAUAGAAAAAAAAUAAUAUAUUAAAAUAUUAUAUCGAUAUUAAUGUGAAACAAAAAAAAACUUAUAAUAAUAAUAUACGAUUCAAUUAAAUGAUUUCCAUAUACGAUUUAA